GUUCUUCAGUGUAUAUACUUUGACUCUUUCGAGAACUACAAACUGACGAAUCUCAGUUUCACUGAUUCUGAAUCUUGACGAUGAUCCUCAGAACCAGCAGUGUCUCUCACCUUCAUUCUCAUCAUAAUCAAACACCCACCUUUUCCCCCACAAAAUGUUCUUCAGAGAAGAAGAGUCUAAUUGCGUACCCAAUUCGACCCAACACCCUCUCUUUAUGUAAGGGUUCCAGAUUAAUAGUUCAUAGGCGUGUGUCUGGAGAGGCUCCUGAAUGGGUUGACCCGGAUGAAUCUACAGAUUUUGCAUCAGUUUCGCCUCAGAUACUUGAAAAGAAGGCGUCUUUUCUGGAUGUUUUAAAGAAAGCCAACUCGAUAUUGCCUCAAGUAGUUAUCGCCACUACAAUAUUGGCUCUUGUCUAUCCGCCAUCUUUCACAUGGUUUACUAGCAGGUAUUAUGCCCCGGCUUUGGGCUUCUUAAUGUUCGCAGUCGGGUUAAAUUCAAGCGAAAAAGAUUUUAUCGAAGCGUUUAACAGACCUAAAGCUAUUAUUGCCGGUUAUGUCGGCCAAUUUGUUAUUAAACCGUUUCUCGGUUAUUUGUUUGGCACAAUGGCCAUGACAUUGUUCGGCCUUCCAACUCCCUUAGGUGCUGGGAUCAUGCUAACAUCUUGUGUUAGCGGGGCCCAGUUGUCAAAUUACGCCACUUUUCUAACGGACCCCACGAUGGCCCCACUAAGCAUCGUUAUGACAUCAAUAUCUACUGCUACUGCGGUUUUCGUGACCCCACUAUUGUCUCUAUUGCUCAUCGGAAAGAGGCUGCCUGUUGACGUAAAAGGAAUGGUUUCCAAUAUUUUGCAGAUUGUUGUUUCGCCUGUUGCCGCUGGCUUGCUUCUUAAUCGAUUUUUGCCAAGAAUAUCAGGUGCUAUCAAACCCUUUUUGCCGCCAUUAUCAGUUUUAGUGACUUCUCUAUGUGUCGGGGCUCCUCUUGCAAUUAACAUAAAUUCGGUUUUAUCGCCUUUCGGGCUAUCAGUUUUGUUGCUUGUUACCUCAUUUCAUUUAUCAGCGUUUAUACUUGGAUAUGCAUUUACUGGCGUUGCUUUUCGCAAUGAACCAGAAGUCAAACCUCUUCAAAGAACACUUUCUUACGAAACAGGUAUGCAAAGUAGUUUGUUGGCCCUUGCGCUAGCGAAUAAAUUCUUUCAAGAUCCACUCGUUGGCGUACCUCCUGCAAUAUCAGUUGUAAUCAUGUCACUAAUGGGGUUUUCUCUUGUGAUGAUUUGGGCCAAGAAGAAAGUAUGAGUUUCAUGAAUCCAGAACCGAUUAGUCGAUAUUUCAUGUGCUCCUGUUUUCUAAACCAAGUUUAUAAUUUUUAAAAAUUCCUUUGGGAAUUUGUAUAAUCGAAAUCUUGUAUGGUAUGAGAACGGGCCAUUUCAUAGUAUCGGGGCUUGUCAAAAUUAGGCA